CCACGCUCUCCCCCUCCCAAUCCAUCUCCGCCUCAAUUCGCGCCUCCUCCUCCUCCUCGCGCCGCCGCCUCCUCUUCCGCCGCAGGAGGCGUCGCCUGUGCGGGGGGACUCCCCCUCCCCUCCCGUCCCGCAAUCGUCCGGUGGCCGGGAUUCGGGACUGCUUGGCGAGUGGAUAUAUAUGGCGGCUGCCGCGGGGGGGAAGGCGGCGAUGGAGCGGCACCAGUCGAUCGACGCGCAGCUGCGGCUGCUCGCGCCCGGGAAGGUCUCCGAGGACGACAAGCUCGUCGAGUACGACGCGCUCCUCGUCGACCGCUUCCUCGACAUCCUCCAGGACCUGCACGGCCCUCACCUCCGGGAAUUCGUGCAGGAGUGCUACGAGCUGUCGGCGGAGUACGAGAACGACCGGGACGAGGCGCGGCUCGACGAGCUGGGGAGGAAGCUCACCAGCCUGCCCCCCGGCGACUCCAUCGUCGUCUCCAGCUCCUUCUCGCACAUGCUCAACCUCGCCAACCUCGCCGAGGAGGUGCAGAUCGCGCACCGCCGCCGGAUCAAGCUCAAGCGGGGGGACUUCGCCGACGAGGCGUCCGCGCCCACCGAGUCCGACAUCGAGGAGACGCUCAAGAGGCUCGUCACCCAGCUGGGCAAGUCGCGCGACGAGGUGUUCGACGCGCUCAAGAACCAGACCGUUGACCUCGUGUUCACCGCCCACCCCACGCAGUCCGUCAGGAGGUCCCUGCUCCAGAAGCACGGGAGGAUCCGGAAUUGCCUGAGGCAGUUGUAUGCGAAAGACAUCACUGCUGAUGACAAGCAGGAGCUUGAUGAGGCUCUGCAGAGGGAGAUUCAAGCGGCUUUCAGAACUGAUGAAAUCCGCAGGACUCCUCCCACUCCUCAGGAUGAAAUGCGUGCUGGGAUGAGUUAUUUUCAUGAAACUAUAUGGAAGGGUGUACCAAAAUUCUUGCGUCGCAUCGACACUGCUCUGAAAAAUAUUGGGAUUAAUGAGCGUCUUCCUUACAAUGCUCCUCUCAUCCAGUUCUCAUCCUGGAUGGGUGGUGACCGUGAUGGAAACCCAAGAGUUACACCAGAGGUUACAAGGGAUGUAUGCUUGUUGGCAAGAAUGAUGGCUGCUAACCUGUACUUCUCUCAGAUAGAAGAUCUGAUGUUUGAGCUCUCUAUGUGGCGCUGCAGUGAUGAACUUCGGGUUCGUGCAGAUGAACUGCAUCGCUCCUCCAGAAAAGCUGCAAAACACUAUAUUGAAUUCUGGAAGCAAAUUCCUCCAAAUGAGCCUUAUCGUGUCAUACUUGGUGGUGUCAGGGACAAAUUGUACUAUACACGUGAACGUACUCGCCAUCUAUUGACAACUGGAGUUUCUGAAAUUCCAGAGGAGGCAACGUUUACUAAUGUUGAAGAGUUUCUGGAGCCACUUGAGAUGUGCUACAGAUCAUUAUGUGCUUGUGGUGACAAACCCAUAGCUGAUGGAAGCCUUCUUGAUUUCUUGCGUCAAGUAUCAACUUUUGGGCUUGCUCUUGUAAAACUUGACAUAAGGCAGGAAUCUGAUCGACACACUGAUGUCCUUGAUGCUAUAACUACACAUCUUGGGAUUGGAUCCUAUGCUGAAUGGUCUGAGGAGAAACGCCAGGAUUGGCUUUUGUCUGAACUAAGGGGCAAGCGUCCAUUGUUUGGUUCCGAUCUUCCUCAGACUGAAGAAAUUGCUGAUGUUUUAGGAACAUUUCACGUGCUUGCUGAGCUUCCAGCAGAUUGUUUUGGUGCCUACAUCAUCUCAAUGGCAACUGCACCUUCUGAUGUGCUUGCUGUGGAGCUUCUCCAGAGGGAGUGCCAUAUAAAACAGCCGUUGAGAGUUGUUCCACUAUUUGAGAAACUUGCAGAUCUUGAAGCAGCUCCUGCAGCUGUUGCACGACUAUUUUCAAUAGACUGGUACAUGAAUAGGAUUAAUGGCAAGCAGGAGGUCAUGAUCGGAUACUCGGACUCUGGUAAGGAUGCCGGUCGUCUUUCUGCAGCAUGGCAAAUGUAUAAGGCACAAGAGGAGCUUGUCAAGGUGGCAAAGCAUUAUGGUGUAAAGUUAACAAUGUUCCAUGGAAGAGGUGGAACAGUUGGCAGAGGAGGUGGUCCUAGUCAUCUUGCCAUAUUAUCUCAACCACCAGACACGAUACAUGGAUCACUUCGUGUAACAGUUCAGGGCGAGGUUAUUGAACACUCAUUUGGAGAGGAACACUUGUGCUUUAGAACUCUGCAACGCUUUACUGCAGCUACUCUUGAACAUGGAAUGCAUCCUCCGAUUUCCCCCAAGCCAGAAUGGCGUGCUCUAAUGGAUGAGAUGGCUGUUGUGGCAACAAACGAAUAUCGAUCAAUCGUCUUCAAAGAGCCACGCUUUGUUGAAUACUUCCGAUCGGCAACACCUGAGACCGAAUAUGGUAGGAUGAACAUUGGUAGCCGACCAUCAAAGAGAAAGCCUAGUGGGGGCAUAGAAUCGCUCCGUGCAAUUCCUUGGAUUUUUGCUUGGACGCAAACAAGGUUCCAUCUUCCUGUAUGGCUUGGAUUUGGCGCAGCGUUCAAACAUAUAAUGCAGAAGGAUAUCAGGAACAUCCAUAUACUGAAAGAAAUGUACAAUGAGUGGCCAUUCUUCAGGGUCACCCUAGACUUGCUUGAGAUGGUUUUCGCCAAGGGAGAUCCAGGAAUUGCUGCUUUGUAUGACAAAUUGCUUGUGACUGAUGAUCUGCAAUCCUUUGGUGAGCAACUGAGAAACAACUUUGAAGAGACAAAACAGCUUCUCCUCCAGGUUGCUGGGCACAAGGAUGUUCUGGAAGGUGAUCCUUACCUGAGACAGCGUCUGCGGCUGCGUGAGUCGUACAUCACCACCUUGAACGUCUGCCAAGCCUACACCCUGAAGCGGAUAAGGGACCCCAGCUUCGAGGUGAAGCCGCAGCCGGCCUUGUCCAAGGAGUUCGUGGACGACAACCACCCCGCCGAGCUGGUCCAACUCAACGCCGCCAGCGAGUACGCGCCGGGCCUGGAGGACACCCUCAUCCUCACCAUGAAGGGCAUUGCUGCCGGCAUGCAGAACACAGGCUAGAGUGAGUGCGUGUCUACCAAAAGAAAAAAAAAAAGAAAAGAAAAGAAAAAAACUCUUCCAGGGUGCAUCAAUAACUCCUUCCAUGAGAUGCUGAAAUAUGUUUAGCUAGUACGUUCGCCCGAUGCUAGUGAAUUCUGGAGCCGUUUCGUUUCAUUUUGCACGUACGUUUUUUUUUCUUUUGGUUGUGUACUUGAUGUAAAUGUCAAGGGUGGACUUAUUCGGCUUUUGAAAGCCCGAUCCCAAUAAAUAAAAUAUGGAACAAUUAUUCACCGAGGUUUA